AUGAAUGCUGAUGUGAUCAUUGUUGGUGCAGGUGCAGCUGGUAUCGCUGCAGCGAUUGAAUUACAAUCAACAAAUUUAACGUUUGUGAUACUUGAAGCUCGUGAUCGUAUUGGUGGUCGAGCGUAUACCGAUCGAGAAACGUUUGCACCUGCGCGAGUCGAUCUUGGUGCAAGUUGGAUUCAUUCGUAUGGGCCACAGAAUAUACUCUAUAGUUUCCAUCAAUCUUUGAAAAGCGAAGACACUGAACGUCGAAUAGGUGGUACGCAGCUCUGUUUGGAUUACGAUGGCAAACGAUUUUCUCACGAAGCAAUGUUUCAAGCACGUGACAUAUACCUUCAAAUCGAUGAACAUAUAGAAUCGUAUAGAUCAUCGAAAGAAGCUGAAGAAGACCAGAGUAUCCAACAAAUUAUGCAAGAAAUAUAUGAUCGAUUGGUACCAAAUAACGGGCCGGUGAAACGUCUAGUUGACCUUUACCUUUCGAGUAGUGAACAAUAUGAUGCAGCAGAUUUCGCUCAGCUCUCGGGAAAACAAUGGGGUGUGGGUGCUGCUGACGGAGGUGAUUUCUGGGUUCCAAGUGGUUAUGGAAAUUUGUUAGAACGAAUUGCAGAAAAACAUAAUUUACCUAUUGAAUUGAAUACACUCGUUACACGUAUCGAUACGACAGAUCCCGAACGAAUCGAGAUUACAACAUCGAAUAAUUCUUCAAAGAUUCACUGUCGUCGAGUAAUCAUCACUAUUCCAUUAGGAUGUUUAAAACAUGAAACAAUCACAUUUCAACCUCCACUACCUGAUUGGAAGCGCCAAGCCAUCGAUCAAAUGGGUAUGGGUCUAAUGAAUAAAUUAAUUAUAAAAUUUCCUGUAUGCUUUUGGAAUGAAAAUGUGGCGUGUUUUGUACAUGCAUGCAAUGAACGACGUGGACGUUUUCGAUUUGCUCUUUGUCUCCCACCACCGGAAAAUAUUCUUAUCUUCCUUGUUACCGGUUCAUUUGCACACGAACUAGAGGUUCUUUCGGAUACUGAAACUAUAGAACAAAUAAUGAAGUUUCUACGACAAAUUUUCCCUGAGAAAACCAUUCCCGAUCCAACUCAUUAUAGACUUACUCGUUGGGCACACGAUCCACUAUCAUAUGGAUCCUAUUCGUAUUUUUCGGUUAAUACAGGACCUCAUACGAUCGAAUUAUUAGCAAGAGAAACAUCGGAUGGUCGUGUACAAUGGGCAGGUGAACAUGCAAACGUUGAUGAUGGUAUUCAUCAAUGGUCGUACGGUUGCGUUCAUUCAGCUUUUCAAAGUGGUCAGAGAGCAGCAAAGAACAUUCAAAGUCAAUUAUGCACUUCUUAA